GCUCCGAGCAUGCUCCACCGGGUAGUAGCAGGCGGGGUGGCUCGUGCUGCUCCCCGGCCGGCCGAAGCGGCAGCGGCUGCGGCGCGGGACAGUAUGCGGGAACCGCUCGUGAUGGGUCCUGCCGUCAUGAUGGUUCAAGCUCUUGAGGUUUGAUGACGCUGCACCAUGUACAGUGUGGAAGAUCUCCUGAUUUCUCAUGGAUACAAACCAGCCCGAGAUGCCGCAGCACCACGUGAGGACAAAUCAGAGCGACGCAGGUCAACAAGGACAGGGCCCCGAGCCGGCCAAGGCCUAUUGAAUGGGUACAAGGAUGGCCCUGUAUCCCAGACCCACAGUAGGACAUCCCUGGGGACAGGACACGUGAACAACUCUGAAAACCGCAGCAGCAAGCCAACAGGCCACAGGGAACACCAAAGCACUUCUAGAACUCCUGAGGCGGGGUUUUUAAAUCAGCCCUCCUUAGCAUGGUCCUCUCAGCCCCAAAGUGGUAGAGACCACAUCUAUUGGAGGAGAGGAAGACAGGAGGGCACUGGCUCCCUGUGUCCCGGGAACCUGAAAGAACUGGAGGUCAGAGGAAUGGCUCAGGCUCACAGUCUGCCCAUCCACGUGAGAGAGAGUCUAUGGGACGUUGCAGGAAAGACAGAGCAUGUGAUGAAGAACGCCGUUUGGGAAGCAGAGCUGAGACCGCAGGACGUGAGCUUGGAAAGCUGGAAGCAGCCGAGGGAGUUAGGGAGGCAGGCAUCCGAUGGCGAUGGACAGAAAAGGUCCCGGGAAAGGGUCGAGGGGCUCUACCAGUUCGCUCAUGGAGAGCACAUGCUGCCCUCUCAGAACAGAAAGAAAGCCCAGUCAUUGCCCCGAGCGCUUUCUCCUAAGAGCCUGCAUUUCACUGAAAUUCCUGUUCCACUACACGAUGGUCACAUAACAGGUGUCCCCAAAGCGCCACCAUAUCCUCCUCCCAGCUUCCCACCACCUUUGGAACCCACGAGGAACCUUGAGAAGGCUAGCUCCUCGGGCCCUUUUCCCAGGCCUAAGUUUGGGAAACCCCUCAAGACUCCAUGUUUUGGCUCUCACUCACAGCCCAGGGGCGAAGGUGGAUUUCAGGAACACCAGCACAGGGACCCACGUGGCUCCUACCCAACAAGAAGUAAGGAUCCCAGCCAUGAGUUGGGUAUGCUGGAUACUGGCUUGGAGCCCCCAGUGUAUGUGCCUCCACCUUCAUACAGGUCACCCCCUCAGCAUAUUCCAAACCCCUACCUUGACGAUCCUGUGCCCAGGCAUGUUAGCAGCAGCCAGAGUCAGCAGCAGCUACCUGAGAAACCGGAGGCCAGCGGUCCACUUCCUUCUGUCUCCCUUGCAGCUAGGGAUCUCUGUGAUGCAAUGCCUGGCUCUCCUCCUCAAGGUCGUCCCCCACAGCCCUAUCCUAUUGCCACCCAUGGGAGCUCUAUUCAGUACAUUCCAUUUGAUGAUCCACGGAUCCGACAUAUCAAACUAACUGAGCCCUCAGAACUCUAUGAAGAGGCAAAGCUUAAUGACACAUCCCAUAACUCUGGUUUCAUCACUCCUCAAGAACCAGCUCUGGGAAAAAGACAGUAUGAUGAUGUCCUUUCAGCACCAUGGGGCCCCACAGCCUCACCAGUCAACGAGCGGGGCUCGGCCUUUGCCCAUUCCAGUCCCCGGUGGCUGCGGCGCCAGCUCCCCAUGAGCAUUGAACCUGGAGGCUUCCAUGGCCAAACAGAGCAUCAUAUCAUGAGAGGAUUAACAACCGACGUGAGAAACAGCAAGGCAGAAAGCCAUGCCUCUUCGCCACAGCCACAGAGUGAGGGUACCUGCAAAACCUACACUAAGCUCAGAAAGUUUGAAGCUGGGAUUCAGAGCAAGAAAAGUUCAAAGAAGAAAAGUAACGCAACCAUAUUUUGUUUGGUUUCCGUCCCAGUUAAAUCUGAGUCACUUGUGCCAGAUACGGAUACAAACAACAAUGACUUAAAGCUGGGAGCUGAUAAGACCCAUGGACUGUGUCAGGGUCCAGCCCUAGAGGAGCAGAGUCUGCUGAGUAUGUCUUCUACCGACCUGGAGCUGCAAGCCCUCAUGGGAAACAUGGCUUGGAGAAGAACAUCCCCAAGGCAAGGUCUCGGGGAGUCAGAAGAUGGCCAGACUGAUGACCCCAGAAUCCUCCAUCUCAUCAAACCCAGAGAACAUGAGGCUUCCGGCUCGUGGCCAGGACACCAGUAUAGAGAUCAGCAGACCCAAACCAGUUUCCCUGAAGAAUCCAAAAGCUCACAGCUCCUCCCUGCCACAAAGCCAGGAGAGGCCAUUAAUGCAGCACCGACCCCAGCAUGCCCAGAUGCCACUGCCUCUGAAGUACACCUGCAUUCAGCCUUAACAUCCAGCGACCAAAACCAGAAGCCCAGUGUACCUCACCUCCGAGGGCAAAUGUCCCUCAGCCCAUCUCGAAACAGUGCUUUCUCAAGGACCUCCUCAGCCAUAAAACAAUCAUCUAUGCCCAAAGGGGCCUCUGACCAGCUCCCUAGUGCCAGCCCUGUACCCAAGCCAGAGGUGGUGAAGGGGGAGUCUACGACAGGCCAGUGCAAUAGCACACAACUCUUCGGUCAGUUUCUCUUGAAACCAGUUAGCCGGCGGCCCUGGGAUCUCAUAAGUCAGCUGGAAAGCUUUAACAAGGAGCUUCAGGAAGAGGAGGAAGGCCACGGUGCUAGCGGCAGUGAGGACAGUGAGGCAGGACAGACAGAGGACUGCGCUGACUCCAGAGCCAAGACCUGCGGCCGCCAGGGAACUAGACCAGAGCAGCAACCUGCAGGGCUGGUCCUGGAGGAUGCCGCGCCCCCGCAUGGAAGACUUAAUGAGUCACAGAACUGGAGAGAGGGAGCAAAACCUGGCCACCCAGGAGCCCAUCCCCAGUCCCUGGGCCCAUCACAGGAGGAAGGCCGCAGAGGUGGUCCAGCCCGACAGGCAGAUGGAAGCCCGAGUGCAGAGCAGAAAAGCCCAGAGGCUUGGAAUGGGAUGUGUGAGCGAGACAUUGGCCCAAGGCCUGUGAGCAGGAAGGCCCCCACUGACACAAAAGCAGCCCCCUUGUUCUGUCUGGCCGAGCCGAGAGGAAGUCAAGAACUCACCAAAGUCAGCGAUGCUUUAGGGUCUAUGCAGCUGGGCAGAGAGACUCCCACAAAGGUGGAUAGUGGUGGGGACACAGAGGUCCUACCCUGUGUCCUGCUGCCCCUUGCUGACAAAUAUCGAGGCCACUCAACACCAGACUUUCGGUCUUUAGAGCUCACACUGGGACAAGAGCAGAGUGCCUAUAAAUCAGAGUGUCUGGGUUCAGAGAACACCAUGGAAGUCCUUCCAAGUGAGUCUCUGCAGGAAAGGGCAGAGAGGAUCCUGGGCAUCGAGGUGGCCAUGGAGUCCCUUCUGCCAGGUGCCAGGAGAACAGAACAGAGCCAGCUCCCUGAGCCCGAUGCCAAUGCCUGCGGCCCAAGGUCAUCCAGAGAGGACUCAUUGCCAGGCUUGGCACCACCAGGGGGCCCCACAGUGGCCACUGAUGCCUUCUAUGGCAGGAGAAAGUGUGGCUGGACCGAGAGUCCCCUUUUCGUGGGAGAAAGGGCCCCCCAGGCUUCUGUAUGCUCAGAUAUGGGUGGGUUCCCUGCACGCCAGGCCACCAGUCCUGAGCCUGGGGACAAGGAUGAGGAGGCAAAGCCAUCCUUCAAGUCCACUCUGUUCCAUUUCAUGGAGAAGUCCACAAAUGUGAGGGGCCCUGAAAAGAGGCUCCGAAACCCCUCCAAAGUGAUCGAGAGCUUACAAGAAAACCUGGUAUCACCCCCCAAAAGGGCAGACUCAGUUCGCUUGGUAAGAAUGAGGGAAGUCACCUCCUUGUCUCAGAUGAGCUGUCUGAGCUCCAAGAGUGCUGACUCCAUGGAGGAGCCAGAGCCCUUAAUGGCCAUCAAGAGUGAAGCCUGGCUGUCAGAAGGCUUCACUUCCCAGAGUGGCAAAGACCAGGCCUGGCGAGCAGGGCACCUGCCCUCUGCCUCUCAAGACGAAAACGGACACCCUGAAGCACCAAGGGAGAUGUCAGACCAGGACUUGUGGUGUGCAGAUUCCUACGAUCCCAGCCGAGUGGAGAGGGUGUGAUGGCUGCUGGUGGAGCCCUACUGCUCGCUAGCAGAGUGCCCUCUAGUUGGCCCGCUGGCCUUGCUCAGGCUGAAGCUGGAAACUGUGGGUUUUGCAGUGUCCCAACUCCUCCUUGCCUGCCACCCCUACAGAACUGUUCCAGAGAUAAAGCGGUGGUCUGCUGACACCAUCUGUCUCUACAGCACGGAUACGUAAUUCCUAUAUUUAGAACAGAGUAUUUACAUCAAUUCCCUUCCGGGUGGAUUAGGCCAAGCUGGUAAAUAGCUUGGUGUAAAUCUGGUGUUAGGUGAAAAUCAAACUCGGAAGCAGUGGGUGAUUUUGAUUGUACCCUGAUCUCAUCCGUUCCCUGCUGCUUCUCCCAGCCCUGGCUCAUGCUUAGGAGUGUGGCCCAGGAGUUUGGACACUUACAGUGUAAGGAGAUGUGAGUGAGCGAGUAUGGAUGACCCGUUUUUAUUACUAAACCUUCGGCAGCUUGGGGUAACGUGAGUUAACGGCUGUGAAACUCGCAAUCGCUUCUUGGUGUCCCGGAAGGGUCGUGCUCGCUGUAACCUACCCGCGAGGUGACCCACUGGCAUCGAGGCAAACAUGCUGUGCCCGCUCUGCUUCGCACUCAGUCUUCCCUAGAUUUUACCUUCUGUGUGAAUGUUUAGAUAUUCUUUAUAUGAAAAAUAAUUGCUGGUUUAAAAUAGACCAUGUUAACAAAGUAACUAUAUUUCUUUUUAUAAAAUUGCUAUUUUUCUAUGAUGUAUAAACAGUUCUUAGGUGGCAGAUUUUUAAGGAAGUGCUAUUUUAUUUAAGAGUCUAUCCCUGUGUGUGUGAGGGCCCCACGAGGGCCCAGCUUGGCUCUAAAGCCCUUGUCCCCGCUCCAACCUCAGCUCUGUUCCUUUUUACUGUUUCACAGUGUCAUCGAAAACCAACCCCAUGUUCAUUAACUCUCGUAAAGACGUUUGCACAGACGGAGCUGGGAGAUUACAUUUGAAGAUACCGCUCUCAAAACCAGCCCACAACCUCAUAGUCAUUUCGCAUCCAUGUCCACUCGACUUGCCAAAGCCCCGUACUUCUGUCUUUGUAUUCCUAUGGGGAAUCCACCCCAGGAAGACGCGUGUCUCCUGCCUACUGCCUUGCUCCUUUAAAGAGACAUUUAUUUUUGUCUAGAGUGACUAGUUAAUCUUAAUAUUCUGGAAAGUGCUUGGGGACAGUACACAGGUGGCAUUCUGUGCGCAUACACCACGGUGGGAAUAUAAAGAGGCCUGUGGUCCCACGACUGCAUUGCCCGUGUGGCAUUUCCCCCUUCUGCCUGAGGAAGGUAUUCUUGUUAGCUAACAUUUUACAAAGCCAUUGUCCCCUUCCUUCCCCUCUUCCCUCAUUCCCUGUCCUUUCAUCUUUUCUUCCCCUCACCCUCCACCACUCUUUCCCUAUUAAUUUUUUGAGGCAUUUAGUUAUCCUAUUUUCUGACAUGCCAAAUUCCUGCAGUGUGCACCCAUGGCUGGUCAGUCCUGAGCUCCCACAGGACUUUCACAGUCACUCAUCUAUACCAUAUCAUUUUAUUUCCUAAGAAGCUCCCAUGCACUGACUGGACUACACAAAGCAGAGUCCAAGUAGUCUCGACACACCUUCCCAGAUGCACACAUCUGCAGUCUUCCUGACACACCUUCCCAGAUGCACACAUCUGCAGUCUUGAUGUGUGCCUGUUUCUUAUGGCCGUCCUUGUCCAGACUUUGGCUUUUGUGGGGAGGGGUAUGAGCUAUAGAUCUCCCUGGAGCAGUGGACAAGCGGGUUGGUGGUUUGCAGUGGUGGUUGAAUCAUCUGCUAGGGGCAAGUGAAGGCUGGACUACACUGGUCUCUGUGGGGCUGUACUUCCCUCCUUAAAAGAAAGUGAAAGCAGCCAUGUGUGUGUGUACAUGUGCGGAGACCCCAGUGCAUGCCUGUGUACCUGUGUACAUACUGGUGCUGUACUGACUCCCUGUCAAACAACCUGACACUGUCUGAAGACGGUGAGAGAGAGAGAAGGAUCCUGACGGAAAACUGUUGUGCCUUAUGUAUCUCAGUCUGAGACAAGCUGCACAUCCAUUUUGUCUUGUUUGAGAUCGCAUCAUGCUUCCCGCAGCUGGACAGUCACAUAGUGAAUAUUAUAAUUUAACCUUAAUUUUUCCAUAUUCUAGCCCAUAAGCAAAUCUUUUGGAAGGAAGUAGUGACAUUAAAUUUAGAAACUUGAAAUUUUGACAUGUAACUUUUCAUAGUCCUAGGUAAUGUAUAUCCAACCAAAAAUCAUUCUGCUGAUGUCUUGAGAUCAGUACUAACCACCAUGCCCUAUGUAAAUGUCAUGUGUGUCCAUGACUGUUGGUGAAAAAAAAGCCUUCCAUAUUCUGUGUUUGUAAUUAUUUUUCUUAUUACACAUGUUGGUAUUCAAUAAUUUGGAGUUUGUGAAAUUAAAAAUUCUAAUUUCAACCAAGUGAGCUAAAAAGUAUAGGAGGAAUUGUGCCUGUGGUUGCUUCGGAACUUACAGACAUGAUGGGGAAAUGGUUGUCUUUGACCUCUUUGGGGGAAAUUUCCCAAAGGACUGAAAAUGAGAUAUCUUACUUAUUCUUAUGAAUACUUACAUAUUCAGUUGUGUUUCUAUAAGCCCUGGGAACCCUCUAAAGAUGCAACCAGCUCCUGGAAGGGACCAUCAGGAUUAUUUCCAUAAUUGUAAACACUUAUUACCUUUAUUAAUAAAGACUCUGAAUGUGCAUCA